GUUUGCUGAGUAAGUGCCAAUCUUUUGCUCUCAGGAAUUCUGCCAUUCGCAGUCACUUAGUCGCUCCUUUUUUGGACAAGGCAGCAGGUUUUUUUUCUAAUUUAAAUAUAAGGUAUACUUCCAGAUGAUCUGGGUUCUUUUAAAAGAGAGGGCCGAAAGUGUUUGAGACCUGCAGACAAAACAACAAAGAAACUAUAAAUAAAAGUAACAUUGUAAGGACAUGGACCUUCGUCUGACACUCCUGUUGAUCUGUCUGUGCAGCCAAGGAGCCACUAAUGGUGAGGUGGCAGACAAUGAGUCAAUCCCUUUGGUGCCUCUCAUUCCUUUGAUGCCCAGCCACCCCAUAAAGAAAGUAGAAAACGAAAGUACAGCACAACCAGAAACUGCAUAUACCACAGAAGCACCUGUAAUUCCCACAACCAUAACUAAUAGGCCAAACGGGAGCUCAUCGGAGGAGGAACACGAUGAGGAUUGUCGGUCCAUUGGCCGAAGCCCACAGUCCAGGGAGGCCAUUGCUGCUGCUAUUCAGAAACUGGGUGUGCAGCUGCUGCAGAACCUGGAGACAACGCCAGAGCAGCCAAAUGUCAUCAUAUCUCCUUUCAGCAUUUCAUUAGCGCUCUCCCAACUGGCUUUGGGUGCAGUAAAUGAGACACAGAAGCUGCUGAUGCAUCAUCUCCAUGAACACACUCUCCCCUGCUACCACGAGUCUCUGCAUAAUGUCUUAGCGCAGCUCAGAAACAAUGACCUGCAAAUUGCCACACGUAUCUUCCUGCGCCAAGGGUUUCAGCCAAAGCCAGACUUUGUCAGUGAAUCCCAGCGGUUAUAUGACUCAGAGCCAGCAGUCUUGGAGAGCCUGCAGCAGAUAAAUGACUGGGUAGACAACGCAACAAAUGGAAAAAUGACUGACUUCCUGCUUGCUUUACCACCCAAUCUGCUCCUCAUGCUCAUUAAUGCUGUCCAUUUCAAAGGAGAGUGGAAAGCUCAAUUUGACCCGCGCUUUACCUCUAGAGGGGUGUUCUACCUCGACGACAAGCACAUGGUUGAUGUGGAAGUGAUGGAAGAUGCCAAACAUCCCUUGAGUUUAUUUAUUGAUAAUGAACUGGAGGCUCAGGUAGCGAGCUUUCCAUUCCAAAACUUCAUGAGCUUGUUGGUGGUCAUGCCAAUGUCCGGCGAGGUGAACGUGUCUUCACUUUCUGCAAAGCUUAAUGUCUCAGACCUGUAUAAUCGUCUGCCCAAAGAGAGGGCCGUUCAAGUUAAAGUCCCCAAAUUCAAACUAGAGUAUGCUCAAGAGCUACAGGAUGUUUUUACCAAAUUGGGCCUUGGAGAGUUGUUUUCCCAACCCAACUUGGCUGAGAUGGCAGACGGCCCCCUGCUGGUGUCCAGUGUGAUGCACAAGUCCAGCAUGGAGAUAAAUGAAGAGGGUGCAGAGGCUGCCGCAGCUACCACUGUGGUCAUCUCGCGGGCAUCCAACCCUGUUUUCCACCUGAGCCAACCCUUCUUCUUCGCCCUAAUGGAUGAUAUGACUCAAGUGCCAAUCUUCAUGGGUGUCAUCAACAACCCAAAUCCCGGAGCUCCUAUCUUGCAGAGAGGAGAAUUCGGAAGCAAAGAUAAAGUGGGAUUUCCAAUUGAUAAGAAUCAUGUUGGCUCAUUUGGAGGCCCACCUAAGUAGGGACUAAUACCCACACUGCUGUUCCAGUGAAAACCAAGACCAAGACCUCUAAAAUUGUACAAAUUAAAAGUACAAUAUCCCUUUGCUGGAUCAGAAUGUGUGUGAAAACAGAUGCUUCAUGUGUCUUUAUUUCACUGUAGAAUAAACACACUGAGUAGCUCAGUAUCCCUUAAAAAACAUACAGUUUUGCUGCAUUAGAUGACAUGUCCUGGUAAGGCAACUCUUAAAAUUAUAAUUGGAUACAAUAACUAGUUGGUACCCAUAGCAAAAUCUGUCUACAUCUAUGAGAUAAUUGAUUACACUUUAAAUUUCAAAGGUGUCAAAAUGUAAGGUCAGCGUCACAGCAUUACUGCAUCAUUUUGUGUGUAGCUGAAUUUUUAAAGAUGUCAUUAAAUGGGAAUAAA